AUGUCUUCCUCAUCGAAGGACAGGCUUCUCCUGUGUAUUUGGCCGCUGCUGGACAGUUGUAUCAGGGUCAUUAGACUAGCUUCCGAGAUACAGUUCGAGGAAGAUUUAAGCACAUCGCAGGAUCAAGCUCUCGCGGUACUGAUAAACUUAAAUUUCGAAAUACAACGUUCACUUCGGUACAUCCUGGAGCCGAUUACGCUGCCGAUUCCCCUCUUUACCUCUGUACUCCUUGGGUCAACCUGGGCGCUCGACUUGUUUGAGCGGCGGUUGCGAUUGUACCGAUUCUCCAGCCACGGCAGAGAGUAUGUGUGUGACUCGUGGACCCGACUCAUUGAGACGCUACAACAAUACACCAUGAACCUUCAAGGGUUGACCAGCACGUCGGACCUGGAUUCGCCCGACGCCAUUUGCGAUGCUUCUUCCCUCCAACGACUAUUCAACUGCCAAAAUAAUGACGUACUACAGGAACUGGAGGCCCAGAUUCGGUAUGAAGGGCGGCCCUGGGAUGUUUCCCCUGACACACCAGGCUAUCUAGACGUACAGCAGGAGUAUCCGCCAUCCCCCUAUGCUACCCCGCCAAGCAGUAUCGCUGAUGGGGAUAUCUACGACGAGCUUCCCGCCAUCCCUGGUCCUCCUCUCCAAGCUCCCAGUCUCCUAUUCAAGGAGCAACAACGUCAAGCUGCUAUCCAGCAAGGCCAGGAGAGGGAGCGUGAGAAGUUCUACGAAACCCUGAAAACGGUCUUGCUAUCCGACGGUAAAGCUUCGGAAAAGCAGCGAUCCAGCCACCUCAUGGGCGCAAUAAAGUCGGACUCCGUCCACGGCGUCAACAUUUUUCUUGAUCUAGGGGCGGAUGUGAAUGAACAGUGUGACGGCAAUCUGCCGUUGUGUCUGGCAGCCAAGCGUGGACACGACAGGGUCGUGGAAACCCUCUUAGAGCGAGGAGCGGAGAUUGAUAAGCUAAGUGCGUACGGCAGCACCGCGCUGUUGUCUGCGGCUGGCACUGGCCGUGUCUCUACCAUCGGCCUUCUCCUGGACAGAAAAGCAAACAUGGAAGCCAGAAGUACGUCUCCUCACUAUCUAGGAUAUACACCGUUAAUGAGGGCGGUGAAAUCCGGCCGCAUGGAUGCUAUUCGAGUGCUCGUCGAGAGAGGUGCGAAUGUCAGGACCCAGAAUGACGCAGGGGAAUCCUUAUUGCACGUUGCCUUGCGCGACGGCCGUAAAGAGAUCAUCGAACAAGUGCUUGGGUUGCAGCCUCACCCUGGGGCUGUAGACGUGAAUGGUAAUACGGAGUUGCAUAUUGCCGCCACACAGGGCCUUGUUGACGUAUGCAGACAACUCGUGGGGCCGAUGAAGUGCCACAUCCUGACAGGAAACCGUAAUAAGGAGACGCCAUUGCAUUGUGCAGUAAAAGCGAAGAAAUACGAGUUAGUUACGCUGUUUCUCAGUGAAGGAGCGAUGGUUGAGUGGCGAGACAUACAUGAGAAGACUCCUUUGCAUCUCGCUGUGGAAGCGGGGUGCCAGGAAAUCGUGCAACUGCUGCUCAACGCGAAUGCGUCUCCAUGUAAGAGAGACCAGUACGGAAAGACUCCAAUCCACUAUGCCAUUGACCUGUCCAAUAAAGACCUUGUACAGCUCCUAGCGGAAGAGAUGUCUUCCGUGGAUGCUAAAGGCGGGAACAAAGAAACGCCCCUUCACUACGCCGUAAAGUCCCUGAACGUUGAGAUUGUGCACUUUUUACUAUCGCAGAAGGCAACAGCUAACUGCAAGGACAGGGAUGGUAAGGUGCCGCUUGAACAUGUUAUGGAACUGCCCAAGUCCGACGAGAAGACAGCGAUCCGUCUCAUCCAGGAGUUCUUACGUUCACAUGAAAAGGGACAGUUGCUCACAAGCACAUAUGGGUUUCCUGCAUUAUCCCAGGCAGCAAGACACGGUAGAGUACAACUCAUCGAAGUGUUUUGCAAGCACGAUCCAAAUCUCGCCAACGAAAAUCCAGCUGCCGACUCAGGUUUCGAACCCCCCUUGCACGAGGCUAUCAAGGGGGGACACAGGAAAUCCGCGGACAAGCUCUGCGAAUUCCCAGAAACAGACAAGAAUAUUCUUGACCGCGAAGGGAAUACACCACUCCAUCAAGCCAUAGACCACUGGCAAGAUGGGUUGCUGGCUAUGUUAAUACACUGUGGAGCAGACAAGGAUCGUCCCCAUGCGACAAAUGGUUUGCCGCCGCUUCAUUUUGCGGCCAAAUCACAGAGCCUAAAGAAGGUCCAAGAGCUUCUCAACGCCAAAGCAGACCCGGACAAGCGCAUUAAAGGAGAGCAAUGCCAAUGGUGCAAGGAUAACAAGAGACCUCCCGGCAUGAAUGCACGAUGUGUCCUGCAGGCGAUCCCUCUUCAAGACCGGAAGCAUGAAUACGCCGGGAUUAAUCGAGUCCUUUCCCAAACCCUCCUAAAGUCGGGCCAUCCUAGAUCUGCAUCAUCGGAUAGAAGUGGAAGAAGGAGGAAGAGGCGCUCGUACAUAAUUGGCUCGAGUGUUUACAUUCUUACAUAA